AUGAAUCUGUCGGAAUCAUUCGUCUUCAACUGUAAUGUGAGUCCAAGUGAGAUGCCGAAGCUUCACAUUAGUGUCACCAAGGCGGAGCCAAUGGCCAUCGCUGUGCCCAUGACUGUCUUCUACUGUGCCGUCUUCUUGUUUGGGAUCGGGUUCUGUUCUGUGUGUUUGCUGACUCUUCUGUUGGAUGCUCAAAUGAAAGUCAGUGCUAUUCGCCUCUACCUACUCAACCUCAUCAUAUCAGAUAUUCUCCAGCUUGUUACCAUCCCCAUUACUUUGUAUCGCUACUACUGGGAGAGCUACCCCUGGCGUCUGGGUGCCACGGUCUGCAAGGUCUACUUCAUGGUCCGACAACUCUAUUGUGCCACGACCAGCUGGGUCAUUAUGUCCUUCACCACCGAGCGCUACGUCGCCAUAUGCCACGGCAUGUGGUCCGUCCACAGUCUGAAGAGGUUUAGAGCACCCUGCCUUCUAUGCGUGUGGGGCAUUUCCAUCUUCUCAGCCGUGCCGUUUGCGCUGGUCUACGACCACGCUGACGCUUGUAUCCUUGACUACACCGCGACGACGCCGGAGGAAGCCUUCCAUGUGUCCACCAUGUGUGAGAUGACUGAGCUACCUCCUGGUAACAUCUACAAAACAGCCUUGCUUUUGAGAGCCGCCAUCUUCUUUGUUGUUCCUCUGCUCACAAUCGUCACUCUCAACCUGCUAAUUGUGAUCUACCUGAAGAGGAACGGCCGGCAGAGGAGGAACAUGUGUCUCACAAGAGUGGAUCCUGAUGGGAGGAGGGACGUGCAGUGCCAUCAGAAUGGGAAGCUUCUUCUUAAUGAAAAGAGAGCGCUGAAACUCAUGGGUGCUGUGGUGGUGGCCUUUUUCGUCUUCAACUUUCCAGACAUUGCCUCGUCACUCAUGCAGGUGUAUAUCGUGGUGUGGUCUGACACCGUCCUGUCCAUCUACACUAUCCUCAAAUCCUACCUGUCCCUUCCACUGUGGUACAUAAACGGCGCCCUGGAUCCCCUGCUUUUCUGUAUAUCCUCCCACACCUUCCGCAGAGCCUGCUGGCGAACUUUAAGGCGACUGAGACCACAUUGCUACAAAAGACUGUUACUGUGGUCCAUUAAAUCCAGUGGAGGGGAGGACAAUGCUGAGAGGAAAGACUAACGUCAAACUGGGCCAAGAAGCAUUACGGACAUAAAUAUCACUUAAUUGUUUAAACAAAUCAUUCAUGUUUUUUUUUUAAUCUUCUUAUACUGUAGUUGUUGUGUCACAGUCACUGUUGUACAUUUGUGAAUAAAGUAGUUUGAAGUAGUUGAGCUACAAUAGUGGUAGAAAUAAACCAGGAAAUGAGACAUUUCAAUUCUUAUCUUUCUUCAAUUCCACCGAUCUCCAGUCCUAUUGAUGUUGUUGGACAGGUGUU